AUAUCCUGCUCUCCAAUAAUCAUUAUUAUCAACUUAUUUAUAGUAAACUUUGGCUUAACUUGAAAUUACUCAUAUAUACCAAUUAACACAAACAAAGCAUAUAGGAAGAAACUAAAACAACAUGGGGAGAGCUCCUUGUUGUGACAAAGCCAAUGUCAAGAGAGGUCCAUGGUCACCUGAAGAAGACUCCAAACUCAAAGCUUAUAUUCAACAACAUGGUACAGGUGGUAACUGGAUAGCCCUGCCAAAGAAAAUAGUAGGUCUCAAAAGGUGUGGAAAAAGUUGUCGUCUUAGAUGGCUAAAUUAUCUUCGUCCCAACCUUAAACAUGGGAGUUUCUCCGAAGAAGAAGAUAACAUUAUUUGCAGCCUCUAUGUCAAUAUUGGAAGCAGGUGGUCCAUUAUAGCAGCGCAAUUACCAGGACGAACGGAUAAUGAUAUAAAGAACUAUUGGAACACAAAGUUGAAGAAGAAACUUUUAACAAAGCAAAGGAAGGAGCAACAAUCUCAAGCUCGCCGAGUUUUCAACCAAAACCAAGAGAUCAAAAGAGAGAGUGGAAAUUCGGUAUGGCCUAUUGGAUUUAUCGGUCAAACUCCAAAUUAUUGGCCAACACAGCACAAUUCCUUUCCCAAUAUUCCAGUAACAAAUCCUUCUUCCAUCCAAAACUAUAACCUCAAGGAAGUUGAAUUCUAUGAUGAUCAUCAACUGCAGCCAGUAAAUGCAAACAAUAAUUGUCAAUAUCCAUGUGACAUUUACUUCCAACAAGACCAAUUGUAUUGUCCUUCUACAAUGAACAGCAUAAACUCUGCAGGGUUGACCUAUGUGAACCAGCAACAACUAGAUGGAUCGAUCUCGACUUCGACAGAAAGCAGUAGUUGGGGAGAUAUGAGUUCUUUGAUUCACUCACCUUUGGCUUCUGAUUAUGAAGGUGGCCACCAACAAACAAUGAUUCAAGAAGAUUUUACUUUUGACGAGUCUAUGUUCUAUGGAAUGAUCCAAACGCAAUAGCAUAUAUUUUACUUUACAUGUUUUGUUAGAAAUUGUUGUACCUUUUUUCAUUUACUUAGACAUAAAUUAAUUAUUAAGUACUAAUUUUUUGGUUAUGAAUUUCUUUGC